CCACAGCUAUUAAAAUCAGAGAAUCUGUCUGUGAAAAGUGUAUUUUAAUGCGCGGUUUGAUGACGUAAUGUUGAUAGUCAAACGCGAAAUGGCGAGCAAGUUAAGAGGCCCGUUACCUGUAGCAGAAUGGGCUUGUACGAUAUCUGUUCCCUGGCUAUUUCAGUAUCCAAAUUAUUUAACUGCUAUAUCGGCUGUUGAAGAGGAUCAGAUGAACAGUGGCGAUGGAGGGUGAGGUGAAUGGCCAUAGCGAGUAUCCAGCGCUCUACAAAGUCCUGAUGGACAAACUUAAUGAGCAGAGACAGCUGGACCAGUUCACAGACAUUACCCUGAUUGUGGAUGGACACCAAUUUAGAGCCCAUAAAGCUGUUUUGGCAGCAUGCAGUCAGUUUUUCCACAAGUUCUUCCAGGACUUUACCCAGGAGCCUCUGGUGGAGAUAGAAGGUGUGAGCAACACAGCAUUUCGCCAGCUGAUGGAGUUCACGUACACUGCGACGCUGGCCGUCACUGGGGAGGACGAGGCCUACGAUGUGUGGAAGGCUGCUGAAUACCUGCAAAUGCAGGAGGCCAUCAAGGCACUGAACAACAAUAUAAAUGAGAGUUCUUCCCUCACUGCGGUGAGCCAGGGUAAAAAGAGGAAGAUUGCUGAGACGUCUAAUGUGAUUACAGAAACCAUACCAACAGUAGAAGGGGAUCAGGUGGAGAUUGAGGUGAUGGGAGAAGGGUCCAUUGAGGUGGAGGAAUCUGGACUGGAGGAGGUGAUGGAUGCAGCGAAGACCGCUCAAGCUGCAUCAGACGACUCCGCUUUGGCUCUUCUCGCUGACAUAACCAGCAAAUACCAACAAGGAGAACCCACAAUACAGGAGGUUGUGUAUCAGGAGGAAACGGUAACGGCAUCCAAGGUCCUGGAGAAUGUCGAGGUCGUAGAGGUCCAGAUCUCCCAAGUGGACAACAUGUUCCGCUGCAACAAGUGUGACCGCAGCUUCAAACUCUACUACCACCUCAAACAGCACUUAAAAACUCACCUGGGCUCUCUGGAGAAGCCCCAUGUGUGCAGCCAUUGUGGGAAAGCGUACACGCGGGAAGGUGCCCUGAAGCAGCACAUCGGCACCUUUCAUUUUGAUACAGAGGAACUGUCUCGAAGCCAAAAACCCCAGAAGAAAGUGCACGUUUGUGAAUACUGUAAGAAGCACUUUGACCACUUUGGUCAUUUUAAGGAGCACUUGCGAAAGCACACCGGUGAAAAGCCUUACGAGUGUCCAGACUGUCAUGAACGAUUUGCAAGGAACAGCACGCUCAAGUGCCAUAUGGCCGCCUGUCAGAAUGGGGCUGGGGCCAAGAAAGGACGCAAGAAACUCUAUGAAUGCCAGGUGUGCAGCAGUGUAUUCAACAGCUGGGACCAAUUCAAAGACCAUCUUGUGAGCCACACGGGGGACAAGCCCAACCAUUGCACUGUGUGUGACAUGUGGUUCACACAUGCCAAGGAGCUGAAGGCCCACCUCAAAGAUGUUCAUGAAAUCGAGGAUAAAUCUUCUGAGGAACUGGUGAUCCCUGACUCCGCUGGCACCGCCGCUCUCACCCUGGCCGCACAGAGCCUAGAAGGAACUGAAACAGUCCUGCUGGAAGAUGGCAUUCAGGUAGAACACGUCACAGUCGAGCCCAUAGACAUGAUGGCAAUGGAGGAGACGGCAACUGUCGUGGUGGAGGAUGGAGGAGUGGGGGAAAUGUGCGAGGAGGACGUGGAGAGAUUAAAACAGGCGGGACUGCAGAUCCAGGUGGUUCAUGUGACCACAGCUGAGGUCGAUGGGCAGCAGGUGGUGAACUCUCAGGUGGAAGUAGAACUGGAGGGGGAGAUGGUGAACGUGGAGGAAGCGGAACAAGCAGGGGUUGUAUGAGAAUAUGAGGACCUUUGUGAAUUACCUGUCAGAUUCUCUUCCUGCACCAGGCAGCUGCAUCAUCCCAGAGAGGACGUCUUAUCUCUCAUACACAGCCCUGCAUGUGGGUAUACAUCAGGUCACCUCAAUAUGUCCGCAUGAUGGUUGAAUUUCGAACAUCCCAGUGCUCUCACUCUGAGUUAUUGACAAAUGUAACAUAUCUGUAAUGCUCAUUUGUUUUAUUUUCAGUUCAUUAAUUACUUCUUAUGUAUUUCUUUGUGCCACUUUCAUUGCAUAUUUUGUUCCAGAAGUUCUGAUCAGCUGCCAUGACAAUACGCUGAUGAACUAAAUGUGUCAGAAGCCCAUUUGGCAUCUGUUUCUUGCUCCUGGUGUUAAUUUUUAUUCAUGCUGUCUUUUGGUGUUAUUUUAUUUUUUUGUAGGGCGAAAUAAAAACUGUUUUUGAGGAAAAAACGGUUUAGCAUCUCUAUAACAAGGUCCAA